CGGAGAUGACGCCGCCGCCGCCGCGGAGGAGGAGGAGGAGAUCUCGCGUAUAAUGGAACUCGAGGGUGUGACUGUAGUGGCGGAGGAGGUGGGGGGCGCCGUACUUCCAGCUCAUAUGCUCGAACCCGCCGUAAUCCGACCACAAUUUCUCCUCAAUCAGAUGAUGGCCUACCUCUUCAAAUUGGGAACUAUGGUAGUGAUUGGUUCAUGCAGAGCAGCAUUUGCUGAAUUUCAAAGGGGGAAAGAGUUGUGGUCGAAGCUUGAGCUGCACAAAGCUUUGGUUGGCAUGGCAGUUAAUGCUGCUCUAGUUGGUAUGCUAGCCUCUUAUGCUCCGACGGGGAAGCCUUCGGUGUCCACAGCAGCUGGCUUAGGCCGCAAUACAGAGGAAGAUGGUGCUGCUGCUCUUCCCAGCACCACCAUCAAGUGUUGUUGAGGCUGAAAGGCCGGGACGUAGAUCCUCUUUGAUGCGGCGAGUGGCUACUUCCUUCUAUAAGGGUUUUUGGUAUAGUUCAGCUGCAAUUGGGUGCGGAUUACUUGGUCAGGGGAUUGCAACUACGGCCAUGAAUGUAAACAGGACGGUGGAGAAUUCAGAAGAGAACAUCCAUGUACCACUUCAAAUGGAAAGUGGCAUCCCUCAGGGUGUGGCCAAAGCAUUGCCACUGUUAAGGCAAGCCCCUCCUCUCCCCGAGGCCUCCACCGUUGGAGUUCCAAUCACCAACAACAUCGUCAACAACAUGCAAGUCCCUCCUCCCCCCGAGGCCUCCGCCGUUGGAGUUCCAUUCACCAACAACAUCAACAUCUACGGCGCCGGGGUUGAUGGAAACCUGAGUUUGCUCCUUAUUAUUUUUGCUAUAUUAUUUUUAAUAUUGGUAUUCAUAAUUGUAGGGGGUAUUGUCCUUACCUAUUAGUGGAAGGGCAGGUUUUCCGCCUUCUAAAGGAUAGCAGAGAAAUCCUUCUCCCCUGUUUCCGGCACCACUCUUUUCCCCACAAACAAGACUCUGUUUUAACCGUUGCUUGACUCUCUCUAGCAUUCGGUUUUGUUUGUACUUCCUUCUGAAUAGCUGCUGUUGUACACAACUCGUGUAUAAGUGUAUCCACUCUUUAUGUAUGAGUAUCCCAUUCUGAAUAGGAAGACUAUGGGAUUUCC